AUGGUCCGGACAAGCGUCUUGGCCGGCAUGGCCUUUGUGGCUAGCUCGUCAGCACAGUUCGCACAGCUUGUCUCCGAUCAAUAUGCUUUAUCAGUCAACAUUCCCUCGGAUACAGCCUCGUCAGGGAGCGGCUCGAUCUUUCUCCAAAUCAGCGCGCCAAGCGGGACGGAAUGGGUUGGUUUCGGGCAAGGCUCGCGCAUGGCUGGUUCCAACAUGCUCGUCGUCUAUGCCGCCGACAGCACGAACGUGACCGUCUCUCCUAGAUUAGGUACUGGCCACCAGGAACCUCAAUUCAACUCGGAUGCGUCAAUUUCAGUCCUCGAAGGAAGCGGUAUCACUUCAGAUGGCACUCUCGUUGCCAACAUCCGUUGCGACUCCUGCCUGAGCUGGAAUGGAGGCAGCAUGGAUGCAACCGACAGCUCAAGCAGUUGGAUCGUUGCCCACAAAGGCGGAGAUCCGAUGGACUCGACCGAUCAGAGUGCCGGAAUUUCACAGCAUGACAGCAAUAGUGGUUUCACCCUGGACUUGACUAAAGGUAUUGGUGGCAGCUCUUCCAACCCCUUCGUGGCGGCGGCGGAAUCGCCAUCGCCAUCGCCAUCGCCAUCCGCAUCGGCAACUGAAUCUGGCUCUCCAUCCCAAACAGCCAGUGGGACGCAGGCCCCCGAAACAGAGACAGAGACAGCUACCACCAGCACGGUGGCCACAGCGACUGGCCCAGUAUCCAACCCUAUCGCAAGCUCCGACCCUUCGUCGUCGGAUUCUUCGUCAUCGGAUGCGACUGUGAGCAGGGGCCCCGAUGACAGCGUCCGAAUCGGUCACGCCACUAUCAUGUCUCUCGUCUUCGUCGUGCUGUUCCCCUUGGCGGCAUUGACACUCUAUCUGCCGUACAGCAAUAAAGUUCGAUACAUUCACGCUCCACUACAGGUGGUCACCAUUAUCCUCAUGCUUGCCGGUCUCGGCCUAGGAGUCAGACUCGGAAAUCAAGUCCACAACCUGGAUGGCUACCACAUGGUCAUCGGCUAUCUUCUCGUCGCCUGGAUGGUUGCCUUCCAACCGACUCUGGGUCUACUUCAGCAUCUCCACUUCCGGAAGGUCGGCAACCGCAGCAUCUUUGGUCACUUACACCGCUGGGUUGGUCGUGCCUUGAUCCUUGUGGGCGUCGUCAAUGGCGGCCUGGGCUUCAGGACUGCCGGGAAUAUUGGCACCCCUAAUGUCCCCAGCUCUGCCGUUGCCGUCUACAGCGUGUUCGCCGUGGUCGUAGUCUUGGUCUACAUUGCGGUGCUGGUAUGGCCAAAAGCAUCAACAAAAGGAGAGUUUGCUCAACCUCUGCCGGGCGAAAAGCCCCGACCGCGAACGGACGGCUAUGAGAUGCAUAGUCGCUCGCCUGGAGGCCGCCGCAUUUGA